CGACCAAAUAGCGUGUAGGCAUGGGGAGUCAAUCAGCCCCGAAGCUCACAGUCAAAAACUUGCAAACUUGCCCUACAUAUACCCAAUCGUGAGCGGCAAGUGUGAGGCGAGUACCGAAUCACUUUCCGGAGCACGGGGCACUAACCGGAUUCAACGCAAGUGGCCGCCAGCCAAACCGCGGGAUAUCUUCGCAAGCUUUGCGUUGCAGCAUCAACACCUCCGCCUGUCCAUCACCACCCGUUCGAACCUGCUACGACCCGGCGCGUAGCUGUAAUCGGACCAACCCUACACAUCCUACCAUCACAAUGCUGGCCGGACGCGCCUUCGCCGCCCCCGCGCGGCAAUGCCUGCGACGGACGACCGCAACCUCGAGGUGGACGCCCGCUCUGGUGCAGUCGCGAACCUACGCCUCAGAAGUCGCAAAGUUCAAGGGCCAGAAGGGCAACGACGGAAAGUACACAGUUACGCUGAUUGAGGGCGACGGUAUCGGCCCCGAGAUCGCGCAAUCUGUCAAGGACAUCUACAGCGCCGCCAACGUGCCCAUCAAGUGGGAGCCUGUCGACGUCACCCCCCGCCUCAAGGACGGCAAGACCGUCAUCCCCGACGAGGCCAUCGCGAGCGUCGAACGCAACCUCGUCGCUCUCAAGGGCCCGCUCGCCACGCCCGUCGGAAAGGGUCACGUCUCGCUCAACCUUACUCUCCGCCGUACCUUCAACCUCUUCGCCAACGUGCGUCCCUGCAGGAGCAUCGUCGGCUUCAAGACCCCGUACGACAACGUCGACACUGUCCUGAUCCGUGAGAACACCGAGGGCGAGUACUCUGGCAUCGAGCACGUUGUCGUUGACGGCGUCGUUCAGAGCAUCAAGCUCAUCACGCGCGAAGCCUCCGAGCGCGUCCUCCGCUACGCCUUCCAGCACGCACGCGACAUUGGCCGCAAGAAGGUGCGCGCUGUCCACAAGGCUACCAUCAUGAAGAUGUCCGACGGUCUCUUCCUUUCCACUGCGCGCGACGUCUCCAAGGACUUCCCCGAUAUCGAGUUCGACGCUGAGCUGCUGGACAACACCUGCUUGAAGAUGGUCACCGACCCGCUCCCGUACAAUGACAAGGUCCUUGUCAUGCCCAACUUGUACGGAGACAUUCUGUCCGACAUGUGCGCUGGUCUGAUCGGUGGUCUUGGUUUGACCCCUUCCGGAAACAUCGGUGACGAGUGCUCCAUCUUCGAGGCUGUCCACGGUUCCGCUCCCGAUAUCCAGGGCAAGCAGCUUGCUAACCCCACGGCCCUGCUCCUCUCUUCCAUGAUGAUGUUGAGGCAUAUGGGUCUUGGUGAUCAUGCCAACAACAUCGAACAGGCCAUUUUCAAGACGAUUGCCGAGGGCAAGACCAUCACUGGUGACCUCGGCGGCAAGGCCAAGACCUACGAGUACGCCGACGCUGUCAUCAAGGCCCUCAAGUAGAUGUCCCCAUCUCUUUUUACAUGUGUAGCAUUAAUUCGAGCGGAAUGUGAAGAUGGCUUGGGUUGGUAGCACUGACCUUAUAUUUUGUCUAGAUGUACCAGU